AUGUCCACCCAGGCACCGUCGCAAGCGGCACCGGCCUACUUCCAAGCCCUCCUCGACCGCGGCCAGAAACGACCCAACAACAGCCACGAACCGCAACUCCAACUCGGCCUGGGCGACAUUGCACGCAAGGUCAGAAACCUAGGCAAAGGCUUCACCGAUGCUCGCGCACAAUACCUCCUCUCCGCCUCGGGCGUCAACACAACCGAAGCACUGCGCGACUUGGAAGAGCUGGCCGGGACGAGGCCCACUACACUACAACCCACAGAAACAGCACUGCCGGCAGUGAAGGAGACACUGGCAGACCAACAUCAGAAUGACUUUCAGAAAAUGGUCAACUCGCACAUUCAGCAGUCUCGGAAUGACUUCGACAGCAUGGUGGCGGAGCGCCUGCAUGGCGUGGAUUGGGAUUAUCAGCGCGAGCGCAUUUUCCAGCAUUUUGGGUUGAAGAAGCCGGAGAAGCUGAGUGCGUCGACAUCGAACAACAUGAGCACGGGUGGUGUUAGCAGUUUUGGGAGGUCUUCGAGACGAGGCGGGGCUUCGGUGGUUGGCAAUUCUCAGUAUGGGAUUCGAGGCAUGAGCAGGUCGAUUAUUGGGUCGGUGGGACCGAGGACAAUGCGGACCAGCGCGUUUGGCGAUAUUGCUGAGAAGCUUGUGGAUGGAAUACGUCCCGCACCAGAGGAUAGCGCGCAGCGGAGGAAGCAAGAUCAGUAUGCUGAGAGAGUCAAGGAUCUGAACGUGGCACGUUUGCAGGAGAAGGUAUAUCCCGUUCUUACUAAGUUCGCGGAGGUUGAGGCGGAGCCAUCGCAUGAGGAUACAUCGAUGCUUGUUGAUUCUUUCAACUUGUUGAUCGAGAUCAUUGGCGAGGAUGCCAGCAAGGAGAACAUCACGGAUCCAGGUGUCAUAAGAGAGCGCCAAUACGCCAAGGCUUAUCUGGACGACAAUGCGACCUCACCCAGUCAGAUCUCCAUCCGCAAACGAAUCAUCAAUGGCUCUCGCAAGUUUCUGGAGAAGAAGGCCUGGGCCCAGAUUGAGGCGAUGAUUGCGAGAAGCCCACGCGAGGCACAAGUUGGAGGCCAGCCUUCUGCCCUCAACAAAGUGCGAGGCUCUGUCCGUGUGCGAGCAGCACGUAAGGAGCUGGGCCCGGACAUCGACAAUCUCAUCUCGUUCGACGAUGGUGACUAUCCUUGGGCUGUUGUCUUCUACUUGCUACGGACUGGGUUGUUUGAUGAGGCUCUGGCAUAUGUCCACGAGCGCAGACGGGCCUUCAGCUCGGGCGACUCGCAGUUCCUCAAGUACCUCACCGCGUACGUCAACAACAAUGAUCACAGACUGCCUGCAGAUUUACAAACCGCCAUCAACAACGAAUACUCCACCCGCCACCGCAUCGGACCAGAGGACCAAAAGGAUCCCUACCGGAUGCUGUGCUACAAGAUCAUUGGUCGCUGCGAUCUGGUCCGUCGCAAUCUGGAUAAUAUCUCGAAUGACAUGAUGGACUGGAUGUGGCUGCAAUUCGCUCUCGGACGUGAGUUCAACCGGGUUGAUGAGUUCGCUCACGAGUCAUUUGGACUGGAUGAGAUUCGUCAAGGCUUUAAGGAAGUUGGCGAACGCUUCUUCGGCCCUGGAAACGACAUCGCGAACGGACAGACGACGUGGUUCUUCAUGCAGACUCUUGCUGGCUUGUUCGAGAAGGCUGUCGCUGAUUUGUAUCCACACAACUACGUGUCGGCGGUGCACUUUGCGAUCGCACUCGACUUCUACGGAUUGCUCAGAGUCAGCGACAUCGCCAACAGUGACGACCUGCUCAGCCACAGCACCCGCCAGCAGCCACAAAUCGCAUUUGGCGCCAUGGUCGCUCUAUACACGCGCGACUUCCGGACUGCCAACGCCACGGCUGCGAUCGACUACAUCACCCUCAUCUGUUUAAACGCAGACCUCACGGGCGAGACUGGCAAAGCCCAGAAGAAGAUCUGCCACCAAGCCCUGAACGAGGUGAUUCUUGAGACUCGGGAGUAUGCUCAGCUGCUUGGUGAUGUCCGUUCUGAUGGGCAACGCAUUAAGGGCGCCAUCGAGCAGCGUCUUAAGCUCAUUGGGUUGGACAGCGAAGAAGAGUUCUUGCAACAAAUUACCCGUGAUGCGGCCAGAUCCGCCGAAGAGCAGAAUCGCACUACAGAUGCUGCGCUGCUCUUCCACUUGUGUGAGGACUACGACAAGGUCUACGAGGUCGUGAAUGACGCCCUGUCUCAAUAUCUUGUCCGAGAGCUUGGCGAAGAAGCUUCGAGACUGGCUCCAUUGAAGCCACGGAAUGUCGCAAACCAGGAUCCCAGCCAGGUCCAAGCCAGUCUGAGUCUCACUGCCAUUGAUGAUCCUGUGCAGCUUGCGGAUGGCAUUCGACAGCUGUACAACAGCCAGGGCAUGUACCUUCAGAAUUCCAGCCGGAAGCAUCGAGAUACAUGCAAUGUACUCCUACAGCUGGCCAAAGCCCGGCAAAAGCUCGAGGAGGGAUCGUGGGCAGAAGCAGUCGAUGAAAUCACCAACUCCCAAGUCAUCCCCAUGGACGCCAACGGCCAAGUCACGGCGAUCCGCAGCAAAGCGCAAGCCUUCGAAAUCAUGCCCCAGUCCGUCGCCCGCACCAUCGGCCACGUCAUGGUCUGGGCGGUCGUCGGCCUCAGCAACCAGGCCGAGUACCUGCGGUCGCUGGGCUAUGAGACGGGGCACAUGGACGAUACGAUUCGGCGGUGCGUGCAGACGGCCAAGGAUGUGAUGGUGUUUGCGGGGUUGAUAAGGUAUAAAUUGCCGGGGAGGGUGUGGGAGACGCUUGCGAAGGCGGGGCAGGAUUUGGGGGCUUAUUAG